CUCUCUGUCCACCGGCCUCAGAUUCAGCUCUGGCUGUGUUAUGAUGGGGCUGCCCCCGCCAGGGCUAUGGCUGAAGAGGCUCUGGGUCCUCUUUCAGGUGGCCCUGCAUGUGGCCAUAGGCAAAGUGCUCCUGACGCUGUUUCCCAGGAGGGUCAAGCAGAACAUCCUGGCCAUGGGCGAGAAGACUGGCAUGACUAGGAACCCACGCUUCUCCCAUGAAAACUGGAUCCCUACCUUCUUCAGUGCCCAGUAUUUCUGGUUUAUCCUGAAGGUCCGUUGGCAGCGACUGGAGGACAUGACUGAACAAGGGGGUCUGGCCCCAAACUGCCCUGUAGUCCGCCUGUCAGGAGAGAGGUGCAGCAUCUGGGACUUCAUGCAAGGCAACAGACCGUUGGUGCUGAAUUUUGGAAGCUGCACCUGACCUUCAUUUAUUUUCAAAUUUGACCAAUUCAAGAGACUUAUUGAAGAUUUUGGUUCCAUAGCAGACUUUCUCAUCAUUUACAUCGAAGAAGCACAUGCAUCAGAUGGCUGGGCUUUUAAGAACAACGUGGACAUCAAGAGUCACCGGAAUCUCCAGGACCGCCUGCAGGCAGCCCGCCUGCUGCUGGACAGGAGCCCCCAGUGCCCUGUGGUGGUGGACACAAUGAAGGACCAGAGCAGCUCGUGCUACGCGGCUCUGCCAGAGCGGCUCUACGUGCUCCAGGAGGGCAGGAUCCUGUACAAGGGUAAACCUGGUCCUUGGAACUACAAUCCAGAGGAAGUUCGUGCUGUUCUGGAAAAGCUCCACAGUUAAUAUGGACGGACUGCCCAGUUCUAGGUGCCCAACAUGAGGGCCCCUUAAGGCUUGGUUUGACCCCCAUCCCAGCUGACAUUUACCUCUUGACCUGUGUUCCCAGUUGAAUCACUAGCCUGGAUUUUUCUGAUCCAAGCAAACAAUGGUUGCAAUGAGAAAAUGAAGCCACAAGUAAGCUGAGUAUUAAAGAAGGUAUAAUUCCAUACUGCUCCCACCAUGGAGACCGUGUUCAUUGCACAGCAUCCUAAGAAUGAGAGCAGGUACACUCUGCAUUUCCUUCUGAGCAUCCAGCCACUCUAAUAUGCCAUUCCUUAAAUGAAGUAAAUUCAUUGUACCAGAUUUGCCAUUUAAAGAAUUGGUAAUUUAAGACACUAAAUUGGCUUUUAGAACUAAGCAUGGGGAGAACUCCAGGUUUUCAAAGGAAUUCAAAGAGAAUGGGAGCAGACAGUACAGAUGGUAAUCCUUUUCUUGCCAAAACAUUUAAAACAAAGGAUGGUGGCAGUGAUGGGUGAGUUUCCACAAUAGUAUAUUUCCAGUUCUAUAGUAGAAGAGGGUGCUCACUUUACCAUCUUUUAAUAUAUUUCAUAGGCAUCUUGCUCUCCAUACCUGGGACUCUUCUUUUAUUUUCAAUUAUAACAAGUCACUUGGUAGGAGGACUGGCUUCCUAAAACCACUAUAACCUUGACCAAAUUAGACAACAGAUACUACAGAGCUGUCAUUCAGUUGUGCAGAAACUCAUAUAUGAAAUCCCGUUUCUCUGAUUUCUUCACAAGUCUCCUAAAAGGUCAUUUGCAUUAGAUUACCUCAGACUAAUGAAUAACCAUUGGUAUUGAGCUGUUUUAACUCUGCCUCUUUUCAUAUUUGUUCAUGACGGCCACAGCCUAAAGUACACACGGCUGUGACUUGAUUCGAAAGAAAAUGUUUUAAGAUGCAGCAAACUAACAUAGAAUGAUUAAAAA